AAUGUUGAUGAUGUCUCAGGAACGUAUGAAGUGGAAUUUUCGAGUAUGAGAGCUAAGAGUUUGAUAAGUAAGAGGAAGUUUAAGAUAAGAGAGAGGUUGAGAAAGAUGAUAAAGUGUAUAUGUUCCGGGGAGCAGUUAAGGGUCGAUGAAACAAGUUAUUCAUCAGAGUCUCUGGCAACGAGGGACUAUUCAGCAAGUGGUUAUUCUUCUCGUCCUGGUGAGACCGAAACAAAGGUGGACAAUAGUAACAUUGAAGAAGCAGAGUCAUCUCUUCGUGAAAGUGGUUAUUUAAACUAUGAGGAAGCUAGAGCUUUGUUAGGAAGACUGGAGUAUCAGAAAGGAAAUAUCGAAGCUGCACUUCACGUAUUUGAAGGAAUAGAUAUUGCUGCAAUCAUUCCCAAGAUAAAAAUUUCUUUAUCAAGAAGAUGUGAAACCAAUAGACGCCAUUCACAGAGUGAUGCAGUGCCUCCUAUGUCAAUGCAUGCAGUUAGUUUACUUCUUGAAGCUGUUUUUCUAAAGGCUAAAUCAUUGCAGGCUCUUGGAAGGUUCCAAGAUGCUGCUCAGUCAUGCAAAACUAUUUUAGACACUGUCGAAUCUGCAUUACCAGAGGGCUGGCAUGAAAACUUUGUCUCAGAUUGUAAAUUACAAGAGACACUAGCAAAUGCUGUAGAACUGCUUCCAGAGUUGUGGAAGCUUGCAGGCUCUCCUCAAGACGUUAUCUCAUCAUUUAGGAGGGCCUUGCUUUAUCAUUGGAAAAUUGACAUUGAAGCCACUGCAAGAAUACAAAAGGAAUUUGCUUUGUUUCUUUUGUACAGUGGUUGUGAAGCAAGUCCUCCGGCUCUCCGCUCUCAGUUGGAUGGUUCCUUUGUGCCAAGAAACAACAUUGAAGAGGCUGUUCUUCUGCUUCUGAUUCUGCUGAGAAAGUCUAUUCUUGGAAACAUUGUAUGGGAUCCCUCAAUAAUUGAUCAUCUUUCUUUUGCUCUAAGUGUUUCUGGGGAAUUCAUGACUUUGGCUCAAAAUGUUGAGGAAUUGCUUCCUGAGAACAUGGAGAGAAAAGAAAGAUAUUAUACUCUAGCUCUUUGUUACUGUGGGGGAGGCAAAGAUAUGAUUGCUUUAGAUCUUUUGAGGAACUCUUUGAAUUAUAGAGAGAACUCAGACUGCAUAUGGGAAUUACUCCUGGCUUCAAAAAUUUGUGCAGAUAACAAGGUUUGUGAGGAAGAUGGAAUCAAAUAUUCUUCCAAAGCCAUUUCUCAGUUGUAUGGAAAAUGCAUGCAGAUGGAAGCUAUUGCAAAUUGCUUACUUGGUGUUCUACUGUCAUCAAAAUCCAGGUCAGCUGCUUCUGAAUCAGAGAAGGUUUCGAUGCAGUCUCAAGCACUUGGUGCUCUAAAAGCUGCUGAAAGAAUGAUGAGGGAAAGUGAUCCUUAUAUUGUCCUUCAUCUUUGUCUAGAAUAUGCUGAGCAGAGGGAGUUAGGAAUUGCUUUUUAUCAUGCAAAUAAACUGAUUAAGCUUGAGGGUGGAUCUAGUAUUAAUGGAUAUAAACUACUAGCAAGAAUUUUAUCAGCUCAAAAAAAGUUUGUAGAUGCAGAGAUUGUUAUUGAUGCAGCUCUAGAUCAAAGUGGAAAAUGGGAUCAAGGAGAACUGUUGAGGACCAAAGCUAAACUACGGAUUGCCCAGGGAAAAUUAAAGAAUGCAGUGGAGACAUAUACUUUUCUUCUUGCUGUUCUUCAAGUCCAAAAUAAAAGUGUAGGCACUGCUGGUAAGGUUGUGAAGGGAAACCGUGACAGAAGACUGGAAAUGGAAAUAUGGCAUGAUUUAGCCAACGUGUACACAGCCUUAUCACAGUGGCAGGAUGCUGAAGUUUGUCUUGCAAAAUCUCGGGCUAUUAAUCCCUAUUCUCCUUCUAGAUGGCACUCAACAGGUUUACUUUUUGAAGCCAGAGGUCUUCAUCAAGAAGCUCUGAAAUCAUUUAGGAAAGCACUAGAUAUUGAGCCCAACCAUGUGCCCAGUUUGAUAUCCACAGCAUGUGUACUCAGACAACUUGGUGGUCAAUCAUCUUCAAUUGUUAGAAGCCUUCUCACUGAUGCACUGCGGCUUGACAGAACAAACUCAUCUGCUUGGUACAAUCUUGGAUUACUCUACAAAGCUGAUUUGGGCACAUCAACAGUGGAAGCUGUUGAAUGCUUUGAAGCAGCGGCUCUUCUUGAAGAAUCUUCUCCCAUUGAACCCUUUAGAUAA